GUUAUAUAUUACAUCUUUCCAUCAAAUAUCGACAAUAAAACAUAUGUUAAAAAUUUCGUUGCAUAACUAAUGACCGAAGAAGAGAUUCACGCGGCUCAUAUAGCCUCUAUGUUUUUGAAUACUCUAACGCCCAAAUUCUAUGUUGCAUUGACAGGAACGUCAUCUUUAAUAUCAGGACUAAUAUUGAUAUUCGAAUGGUGGUAUUUCCGUAAGUACGGCACCUCAUUCAUCGAACAAUUUUCCCUGAACCAUCUCUCCCCCUGGUUCGGGGCCAAUUCCGGAGCGGGAGAAUUCAACGAUACCGAGGGAGACUUAUCGACUUCUACCGGCGCGAACGCGAAUAGCAAUAAUCCGGUUCAGAACUCCAAUCAUUUGCCCAACGGGCAUGGAACCAGUAACGGUAAUUGCUUGAACAGUAACAACGGGAAUGGUAAUUCGAUAUCUAUAUUCGGGUCCGCUACAACUUUUAGCACGGGUGGUAGCGGGGGAACUACCGGCUCUGGCGGUGGUAGCAAUUUUACCUCGUCCAGCGGAGCCACUAAUGAAUGCAAAGUAUGGCGCAACCCUCUUAACCUUUUCAGGGGAGCCGAAUAUAAUAGGUAUCAUACGGCAACGGGACGUGAACCCUUGACAUAUUACGACAUGAACCUGUCAGCCCAAGAUCAUCAAACCUUUUUCACUUGCGAUUCCGACGCCGGAAAAUCCGAUUACGAAAUAAUGCAAAUAGCUUGGAGAGAACGUGAUACCGCUACCAGGAUAAAAUUAGCUAAAGACGCCCUCCAAAAAAAUUCGGAAUGCCCUCCCGCUUUAAUCUUACUGGCCGAAGAAGAAGCCUCCACCAUUAUUGAAGCCGAAAAAAUUCUGAGGCAGGCUCUUAAGUUUGCUGAAAAUAACUACAAGAUAUCUACUCUUCAACAAAGCAACAACGGACACCAUCACGGCCACAGUCAUCACAAUCUUGUUUCGGAAUCCACUUUGAGGCGCGACACGAAUUUGUGCGUUUACAUUCGACGUAGAUUGGCGAUGUGUCUUAGAAAAUUGGGCAAAUAUAAGGAAUGCAUCAAAAUGAUGAGAGAUUUAAUCAAGGAAUUCCCAAAUAUCAACGUUCUAAAUAUACACGAAAAUCUGAUCGAGGUCUUGUUAGAAAUGCAAGCUUAUGCCGAUGUGCAGGCACUACUCAUCAAAUACGAUGAUAUCAGCAUGCCUAAAUCAGCGACUAUAUGCUACACUGCCGCUCUGCUAAAGGCCCGUGUCAUUUCCGACAAAUUCUCCCCAGAAAUAGCUUCUAAAAGGGGUCUUAACAAUGCCGAGAUGAGUGCCGUUGAGGCUAUUCAUCGUGCUGUAGAAUUUAAUCCCCACGUUCCCAAGUAUUUGCUAGAGAUGAAAAGUUUGGUUUUGCCGCCCGAACAUAUACUUAAAAGAGGAGAUAGUGAGGCUUUAGCUUAUUCCUUUUUUCACAUUAACCACUGGAAACGGAUAGAUGGAGCUCUCAACUUACUUCAUUGCACCUGGGAAGGAACUUUUCGGCUUAUACCCUAUCCUCUCGAAAAGGGAUAUCUAUUUUACCCUUAUCCUCAGUGUACCGAAUCCGCUGACAAGGAGCUAUUGCCUCCAUUUCACGAGGUAUCAGUGUACCCCAAAAAAGAAUUGCCAUUUUUCAUUUUGUUCACUGCUGGUUUAUGUUCUUUCACUGCACUUUUAGCUUUACUUACGCAUCAAUACCCGGAAUACAUGGGCUCGUUCGCUAAAAUGUUUGUUAACGUUAUAUCGGUCCCUUGUACCUACGUGCUGGAAAAGGUUCAGGUUAUUUUGCCGUCUAACAUUAUUCAUCACCUGUCCAGGAUUUGAUAUUUCGCUAUUAAAUUUCAAUAAUAUUUUUAUUCGUCAACCUAGCUAUUAAUUUUUUUUUAAAAAUGUUUUAAUUUAAAGAAAAAAAACAUGUAACAAAAAAAUUAUAUACUUUUUAAAUAUUAGCAUAAAAUGA